AGUGAUUCUAUUAUUAUUACGGCAGAGUACGUUCUGAAGGUAAGACAGCCUUCUAUUUCGGCUGUUUUCAUCGCUGCUGUUCCAUAUUUUUUGGGGCGUUAACCAUCGUGCAAUGACUGAAAUAUUUACUGGAGACGACAAACAAUAUGUGAUCCGCCCAAUAAAAGGAAAAGGCCAAGGACGGGACACGCUUACAUUCGACGUGAAAUGCCAAAAUGACGCUCAUAUUGCAUUGCUCAGCAGCGAAGAAAUUACGUCACCCAUGAUUGAAAUUUUCAUCGGUGGAUGGGGUAACCAGAAAUCGGCCAUUCGUUUCAAUCAAAGCCGGCCCGAUAAGGCUGAAGAACCAACGCCGGAUGUUGUCUGCUGCGAAGAGUACCGUCGUUUCUGGAUUCGCUUCCAUCAGAACGUUAUUCAAGUUGGAAGAGAGGGGGAUGCAGAUCCGUUUCUCAGUUGGGAAAACACAGAAGAGCCGUUCAACGUGACUCACUUUGCCUUCGCAACCGGUUGGGGUUCCGUAGGAACUUGGAUCUUUGACGACGAGGAGCAAUCUUCGUCGUCGUCUUCUUCUUCGUCGGAGGAGGAAGACCCUGAAAAGAUCCGCCAGCGGGGUAAGAAGCCGUUCUAUCGUCGCCCGGGAGUCUGGUUAGAUAUGAAAGAUGGGAAAGUUCCGAUGAGGGCUGUCAUUGGUGGAGUUGACGCAUCGGGAGAGAAAAUCUACGUUGGUCGUGUCAAAAAAGACGGGACUCUUCUGCCCGGAAAAAUUGUUCCCUCACAUAACUGUUGCUACGUGGCAAAAGGCGGUGAAGAAUUCGGCUCCUCAAAAUACCAGGUUUUAGUUCGCAACAAAUGCUGUGAACUAAUUUGGGUCCCCGCAAGUGAUGGAAGUAUUCCAUUUGGAGCGCUUCAAGGAGGAUUUUCGACCGACAAAGAAUCGGUCUUUAUUGGGCGAGUAGUGCACGACGGAGCCACUUCAAUUGGAUUGGUGCAUCCAUCACGUGGAAUUUGCUUGUGCACUUAUGGAGGAGAGGAGAUUAGUCAUAACGACUACGAAGUUCUCGUUGUCAAAACUAUCCCACUUUAAACUUGGUGUUGACUGAAUCUGUGAUAAUUGGCAUCUUUCAUUAGGCAUUUACAAAUGCGCCAGUAAUAAAUUGGCAACAAUGUAAUCAUGUCAAAAACAAAAAACAAAUACUUGUUUACUCUUUAAGGUUGGAAAUCUUUUAUUAAGCUAUCAAAAGCUUGCAGAAAUAUCUUUUUAAAGUUACUUAAAUUAAAUUCUUUAGCCGAAUUCGAAGCAGUGACCGCAGCUGGCGUUGCUGAAUAGGAUCUUUGUUUAACGAGGUAGUUCAGUUUAUUUUCUAUAUCUUCCUGCCAAGACUAAGUUAAACAUUAUCGCCAAUUAGAAAGAUAAAAUCAUAAACAUAGUGCACUUAUUACCUGAUCGAUAUUUAGAUGUUCAACAGGUAGUAGAGCUUUUUCAAGUAAAUCAACAUUUCGCUUUUUAACACUGUCAGUUUCCAUUUUGAGUAAAGACAGAAUACAUUUGAGUGAGCCUUC